GCACUUUCCGCUCGCCGUAGCUCAGGCGGCGCCUCCGAACCCUGCCCAGCUGCUCCUCUGAUUGGCUCGGGGGCCGAGACGGACAUGCGCGCUGAGCGGUUCUGAGGCCAGAUUGAAAGUGAGCCGGGGAGGGCACUCGGUUGCUCUUAAAGGGGCCGCGCUGCUGAAGGGACUUGAGGGAAAGGCUGUUGCGGGAGCAAGAUGAGUGAAUCCCUCGUGGUUUGUGACGUGGCCGAAGACCUUGUGGAGAAGCUGAGAAAAUUCCGUUUCCGCAAAGAGACGAACAAUGCUGCGAUUAUCAUGAAGAUCGACAAGGAUAAGCAGCUGGUGGUUCUGGAUGAAGAACAUGAGGGCAUUUCUCCAGAUGAGCUAAAAGAUGAGUUGCCCGAGAGGCAACCUCGGUUCAUCGUCUACAGCUACAAGUACCAGCAUGACGACGGGAGAGUCUCUUACCCGCUCUGCUUCAUCUUCUCCAGCCCCGUCGGGUGCAAGCCUGAGCAACAGAUGAUGUACGCCGGCAGCAAAAAUAAGCUCGUACAGACGGCGGAACUCACAAAGGUAUUUGAAAUCAGGAAUACAGAAGACCUCACUGAGGAGUGGCUGCAUGAGAAGCUUGGCUUCUUCCACUGAAAGACUCUUUAAGCAUUCCAGCCUGGUGUGAACUGGAACCAGACACGGCGACUCCUCCUCCUCCUCUUCCUCCAUUUUAGACCCACAAAGGAUGCACUGUAUUUAUAGUCGUUUCCUGCAGUGUGUGUAUGUAUGUACAUAUAUAUUUUUGUGCGUGCAAAGUUUAUACAAGCGUGGGGAGAAGUGGCAGUUCCUGCGUAACCAAACUUUGCUCAAGGGGUCGUUUUCCCUUCCCUCUCUUUAUUAACUGUUUUAAAAGGGAACAGCUCUCCCGCAGGGACAAUUCCACCUCCCCUCCCUCUUGUGACUAAUAUUUCUAUAUGGCUUAAUCUGGAACUCGUAACUGUGACAGGUAAUGUGGCACAGUCUCCCUCCAAGGAACACUUCCUGCGCAAGCCCCACUUAAGAUGAACGGGACCCUCUGUAUCGCUCUGGCUUCUGUCCGUGGGAUCUAUUUGCAGGAUGUUCCCAGUCAAAUGUGUAGCCUUUUCUUCCCCCUUCGCCUGAGCUGCAGAGGCAUCCUUGUUGGAAAGAAACUGGACACUUAAUGGCUUGUAUGUGAAAACAGCAUUUUCUUAAGUGACUUGAAUCUUCUAGACAUAAAAGGGUUUAGAACCAAUCUCAAAUGCAAUUUUUCUGAAGUAUUAAUCACACCCUCGCUUCGUCAGUUUUUCAGAAUUCUUUUCCUCUUUAAAAUUCCCAACGAUAUUCUCAGUUGAUCUUGCGUCAACAUAUUUCCAUUUCGGGUCAAAAGUUUGACCCGUCUAUUUUUCUUCUCUCUGUGUGUAGUAGA